UGAGUUACGGUGCCGAUCCAAAUAUUAUGGACUGUUGUGACAACACCGCUCUGCACUAUGCUAUUUACAACGGAGAUAUUGGAACAGCUGCGAGACUGCUAGAAUUCAAGGCAAACAUUGAAGCAAUGAACAAGAACAAGAUCACACCACUUUUGCUUGCUCUGAAACAAAACAAAGAGAAGAUGGCAGAGUUCUUAAUCAGCAGAGGAGCAAAUGCAGAAACCUGCGAUUUCCUGGGAAGAAACAGCCUCAUGUAUGCUGUAAGGUGUGGGUCUGAGCACAUCAUCAAGCUGCUUCUUCAAGGAGACAUUGAUACCUUUAAGAAAGAUGCUUUUGGAUGGACGGCUAAACGCUAUGCUAUUGAGAGUAAAAGCAAAGUGUGAGUGUUCC